AUGGACGGAUUCGUCCAAACCCAGCCUGAAUCAAGCGGGGAAGCAAGCAGUCCCAAUAUGGCGCCAACGGCCCCAUCCCCCAGGGAACCACAUGGCGCCGCGCUGGAAAGGAUAGGAGACGAACUCCGCACCAUGGCAGCGGCAAUGGUGACCAAAACAGACCUCCUGGUCCUCACCACUACCAUCCAGGAUGCACUCAGGGCAGAGAUGGCGGGAAUUCGAGCGGAGGUGACGGCGCAGACGGGCCGCAUCCAGGAACUGGAACAAUCACAAGGUACUCAUGCCGCCAGACACCAGGCCACAGACACAGCCCUUGCACGUCAGGGGGAACUAUUGCUGCACAUGAGAAGGUCAGUCGAGGAUUUAGAUAACAGAAGUCGAAGGUGCAAUAUUAGGGUCCAAGGGGUCCAUGAACACGAGGGGGGGGGAAGAAGACAUCACGGACACUCUAACUAG